GGUGUCAACUUUCUCGAGCAGAGCAUUACAUACCACCUCAGGGCACCAAGUCACGGCUUUAACCACUUACACUAUAGUCACUCAGGAACAAAGCGAAGCUCGGUAUAUUUUCGGCCGACUUGCUGUUAUCGCAACGCAUAUUCUUUGUUAUUAACUUCAAGAUGGCCGCCAACGAGCCGCAACAGGGACAUGCUCCAACAGAAGAUGUAAACAUGACCGAUGCUCAGUCCGACAAACCAACUCAGCAGCAGCAACAGCACCUAACAAGUCACCACCACAUCCCCGAUCGCCCCCCUCACCCCGUCUCUCCGGUCCCGAUCCCCCAAAUCCCCGGCCGUCCAAGUCCCACAGGGGCACACCCCACCGCAAACCAAGGACCCAGCGCGAUACGCUCUACAGCUACAACGAACGGCUCGACAGGCGAAGACCAUCAAUCUCAACCACUACCACCGUACCAGCAACGGGCUAGCUCGUCACGAGCUGCCUCUGCACACCCCCAGGAUUCUGGUCAGGGUCAGCAACAGGGACCGGGAUCAAUGGGCACAGCAGGCAUGCCCACGGAACCGACACUUCACGGCGCGCCGGUGAGGCAGUACUUGAAUACCAAGGUGACGGGGCACUUGCUGGAAGGGAUGAAGAUGCUAGCUAAGGAGCAACCAAAAGACCCCCUCCGAGCCCUAGGCGAAUUCCUCCUCGAGCGAUCUAAACAGUAUGAGGGUGGUGGUGGCGCGAAUGGUAGUUCAACUAGCGCAUAGAAGGCUUCAGGCAGAUGAUCGAGCCAACGCACAUACCGGGAGGCCGCGAUCAGCGGCCACCGUAGUUCUCAUAGGGUCUACGAAGAGUUUCACCUUGAUGAGGUCUAUACUUUUAUGAUCAUAAAGGCAGCGGGACAAGGGAAGAAAAGAAAUAAAGGAGCUCCUCCGGCGUCCAGGGA